GUAUGGGUAUACAGGGCCUGGGCGUAUCUAUACGGACGACCCCACGUGGGUGGGUCCCACGUGCUAAGCUAAUCACCGUGAUUAGCUCCCAUUGCAUGCAUCGUUUUCAUCGGCACUGGAGAUCUGAUCGAGCUGUUCCACGCCGUCGCUAGGUUGAACGCAAGCGGUUGUUGCCGGCCCGGCCGUCGGCGGUUGUUGCCGGCACGUCCGUCGCCGCCGGUGGUUGUUUCGCAUGUCGACGCCGCCGACCGCGCGCGAAGCCCCCCCGCAGAUCGACGACCUUGGAAAGGCGCGCCACCGGCUCGGCAUCUUCCCCGCUAGGGUUUAAAAUUACAGAAUAUGGAGAACUCUAUAUCUGGUAUGAUUGAGGAACAAAACGAGUACGUCGGCUAUAAUUCCGAUGACUCUGAAAUGGAGGAAAAUUUGCAGCACGAAGCCGGCUGGAGCGAAGACGAGUUUGAUAUUGCGUACGAUGAAUUUGAUAAUGAUGACAACCAUGGCGAACACACAGACGAUCAAAAUGAUGAGAACCAUGGUGAACACACAGACAGUCUAAAUACUAGUGAGGCACAAUUUGACACGCAGCUUGAGUACGACUAUUACGGUGAAUCUGACUUGGACACGGGCCACACUGAUGAUGUGGAAGGUGCAUCAGUUCCUGAGGAUUCUGUUGACAUGAGCCAGGCGACGCCAGGCGCUAGUCAACCUAAGAAACCACACAAAGGUAGCAAUAGCAAUGAAUAUCCUGAUAGUGAUCGGGAUUUAUACUGGAUGAUAAAAGAGAUGACUUUUAUUUCUGAAGCAGCAGCAUAUUCUUUCUACAACAGAUAUGCUAAAGAUUAUGGGUUCAGCGUCCGGCUUGACCAGGUUAAGCGGUUUGAUGAUGGAGCACGUUUGGUGGUCAAGUUUGAUGGAAGAACUGGUUUCUGGGUUGUUGAAGAUUUUCGUGACAAACAUAACCAUGACCCAGCUGAACCAUGUCAGACUCCGUUUCUUCGGUCCCAUAGGACGAUCAACGACGCGCAGAGAUCUGAGAUAUUAUCAAUGGGAUCCAUGGGAAUCAGGAAGCACCUCAUUAUGAGAAAAUUCAUUGCAGGCUCCGGUUCAUUUGCUGGUGUUGGAUUCACAAGAAAGGAUUUGUACAACAUGUGCUCUAGGGAGAGGAGGAGGCUGCUUUUCGACGGUGACGCUACCAAAGCCAUCCGCAUUAUGUCAAAGAGGAAAAAGAGGGACCCUGAAUUUUUCUUUGAAUAUGACGUUGAUGAAAAAGGCCGUCCGAAGCACAUGUUCCGGUGUGAUUCCCGAUCACGUAGGGAUUACCAGGACUACGGAGAUGUGCUGGUGUUUGAUAGCACAUACAAGAUGAAUAAAUAUAAGAUGCCAUUUGUUCCUUUUGUGGGCUUGAACAACCACCGUAGGACAACGGUUUUUGGGUGUGCCAUCCUUUCAAGUGAGAAUGAACAAACAUAUGUUUGGCUUCUAAAGACUUUCCUCAAAGCGAUGUGUCAACAGAAGCCAAAGGCAGUAAUCACGGAUGCAGAUGCCGCGAUGAUCGCCGCAAUCGGCGAAGUAUUUUCUGGUGUGCCGCAUCGUAUCUGCAGCUUCCACAUUGAAAAAAAUAUGGAGAUGCAUCUAUCUAACAAGUCACUGAACGAGUUCAGGACUCUUUUGUAUUACACCACCUCAGAGCAAGAAUGUGCUGCAGCAGGAAGGGUAGUUCUUUCAUAG